CCGAAACGCACCAGUCGGUGUUGAGUCGUGGACGUCGUCGGAUGUUAAUUACGAACCCUCUUGUCUGGAAGGGGGGGUUCUUUCGUGGGGUUACAUACAGGAUUUCCACAUAGUUCCUGCUAGAAGGGGUGGCCACAGUGAGUGUCCUGGGAGUAAAGGGGUGGCCCUGCCUCAAUAGUGUACCGGGGUGUUGCUAUCAGGUGAUAUCGGGGCAGGUGCGAAGAUACGAAUGUGGUGACCAGUUCGGUGUGUUCCCCUUAAUUAGUGAAAGUUGAGUGGAUCUAAUUGAAAAAGUUUGUCUGUGCUCUCGAGGGGCCUAGAAUGGAGAGCUGGGGCUACCUGUGGCGUGAAGCUUUAAGCUUUUGAGUGUCGAAGGAAGAGCUUUAAGGUGCAAUUAGAGCGGAGUCCAAAACUAGUGAAGCGGAGAUUAUCGUCAAUUAACCAAACAGUGUUACUAGUAUCUAUCAAAAGUAGUUAUCGAUGUAUGCAUUCAACGAAUACUAAGUGUCUAAAAUACACAGAAUCUCUCAACCUGAAGGCAAAACAUAGCACAAAUACUAAACUGCCUUCGUCCAAAGUCAAUACCAACCGGUGGUACAACACUGUGAAAAGCACAACGAUUUUCCUAUACAACCAACCUAUUGCCAGUAGCGAACGCCCUAGGAUUAGAACCACCCCGGAGAGAACAUCGCAACUGGUGGAGCCCAGUAACAGCUGACGGCCGCCGUGGAACAGGCCAGUGACAAUUGCCAGUUAUACGUAAAACUGUGACUGGCAAGUUCAAAACUCAUUACCAAAGUGAGAGCUUUUUUGUAGAGUUCUCCUCGAAUAACGCCAUGAAAAGUUGGUUCAAAUCGAAGGAAAGGACCCUGCAAGGAAAUGAGCGAACGAACAAUGUUGCUGAAAGUUCCAUCACCAGAGGCAGCACUGUCCAUCGGAAGCGUCGUUAAUCGUUUUCAGUUUAAAAAAAAAAUGCUAUCAAAGUUGAAGGGGGGCAAACUUCAAACGAAAAGUUGCGACAAAUGAAUGCGAGAAUGAGGCAAGUUCCGUUGAAUUUGUAAAACGUCGCACUCGUUGAUAGAUAUUGCGCGACUGAGUGACAUCGAAUGAAGGAAAAUGUAAUUUCUACGCAGAAAUGGAAAUAAGUGAAAUGAGGAAAAUGCUUUUCCAAGCUGCAAGAGAGUUGCCGCUGAUGUAAAGUGCUUUUGAAGUGGAAAAGUGUGGGAAAAAAAGUUGAUUUUACUUUGCACAGGAUAGGGAAAGUUGUCGGUCGUGAAAAUGAAACACUUCAUGAGAGUGUAUACAAAGGUGAAAAGUUAACGUCUAAGUGUCCAACGAUAAAGGAUUAAACCCGUUUAAGCAGAAAAUACUUGUGUCGUCAAGAUACUUGAAGAAGCAGAAGAAAAAAGCUCAUCAAGUCAACAAGAAUACCCUGGAAAAAAUAAGAAAAUCGCAACAACAAGUAGAACUCAAAAGCUGCUGGAAAACCUCGUCAGCAUCGCAGAUCCAAUGUGGGCACCCUUCGUCAGAGCACAACACUUCUGAGAAGGGCAUCGCUGGAUUUAAGAUGCUUGCUUUUGCCGCUUUGCUAGCUGUACACGCAGGGCUUGCUGGUUCGAUUCCAAGUGCACCGGAAAACAUCACCGUAACGUUCCUCACGCCGACCUCGGUUCGAGUUUCAUGGCAGACCUCGAUGGAUCCGCACACGAUGCCAGUUGACAAAUAUGACGUCACGUACAAGCCGACCGAUGCCAGUUACAGGGUUGUCGUAGUGGUGGCCGGAAACCGGGAAGCGGUGACCCUCGGUGGACUCUCGCCGGACACCCAGUACCAGCUGACGGUCGCGGCGGUCUGGAACGGGAAAAAGUACCGCAGCCGGCCAAUCGUAUUCAGAACGCUGGAGCCUCCCAGGACGUCGUUCCAGCAGGACUCCGGUGCGCUCGCUGGCAACAGUGGGCCACCGAUUUCGCCACAUGCCGACACUGCGCCCUCGCUGAGCGGGUUCGGGAUCUUCAGCGAUGAGUUCGGCAACAUCUCGACAAACUCAACCUCACGUAACGAACUUCCAACGAUCCGUGGCGUCGAGAUCGGUAUCGUAGUGUUAGUGUUAAUAGUGUGGGCUGGUGCGAUAGCGUUAUUUUUUAACCGAUGGGGUAAGAUCCGAAUGUUGCUUCCAUAUCAACCAGACUACAAGCAGGAACAGCUCAAAGUUCCUGGGACGGGCGUCUGUGCCAACGGUACCUGCAACGGGCAGCACUCACACCAGGAAAAUCAAACUGGACUGGAAGCUUUCGCCAAAAUGCACCUUCAACAGCCUUACCACCCCUGGCCGGAAGAGCCCUCGUCGGUCAUCUCGGAGCGGUGCACGCGGGCCCGCAUCAACUCGGCCAUUUUCGUGUCGUCCGAGGGCCGGGGCUUCGACUCGAUCGAGUUCAUCCGGCGGUACGGGUCGCAGUCGGUGCUGUGCCGGAAGGCGCGCAGUGCCGAAAACGUGUCCGCCUCCGAGCGACAGCGCCGAUUUUCAGAGUACCCCGAGUGGGAGUCGGAGGAGAACAAACAGUACGGCAAGAUGAACGGGUACGAGCACUGCGGACCGGACGGUGCCAGCAACACCAACGCGGAGCCCCGCCAGGACUCGAUAGAACUGGUCGAGUGCCACCGGGAGCCGGGAAGCUCCACAACGGCCAACCAACCGGUGACGGUGACUCCGGCGGUGGCGGUGUUGCCACUUCCGGUGGGUGGCAGCAGCAGCAGCAGCAGCAAAUGUUGUGCCAGUACCAGCGGAGGUUGCAACGGCAGCAGUAGCGGCGCCGGAGACUACGUCUGCCUCGAUGGCCACCACAGUAAAACCACGCCAAAGCUCUCGAAUCUGCCGACGCUGUCGGUGUCCGGUCCAUCGCCGCCGCACGAGGAGGAAUUUUUCCAAUACUCGCCACCGCUUGAAAAUGGCCCCGAAAAGGAACGCUACUAAAAAACGAUGGCUUUUCCUUAAGGUCGUUUGAUAAAUGAGAGAAAAAAAACUUGAACACUGAUACGAAGUCAUUUAAAUUUAGAAUUCAUUAAAGUAACACCGUUUGAAAAAUAAGAGCAUAAUUGAUGAUGAUGACAUGAGCACAAUUAAUCCGCUAAACUAAAUAUUAUUUAAUUUACCAAAACUUAAUAAACAGUUGACCAUAAAACGCCCCUCUUACCCUAUUUAAAUAUAUUUCCGGCGACACUUCUGAUUGGCAUUCGUUAUGGAAAGGGACGGACACACACAUUGCAUUCAAAUUGGCGGAACGAUUUACAGAGCACUUCAAUUAGCUAUUCCAGCCUCCGGAGGGGUUGACAUCCGGUGGCCAGAAUCUAGAAAGGUGAUUAGCAUAAAUGGGAUUUGAUCGGCAAAUUGGGUCUGUUAUUCAACAUCCCGGGAAGCUUCACAGUAGGU